AUGCUGAAGGAUGAAGUGCGAACCCUGACAUAUAGGAAUGCCAUGUACCACAACAAGCACAUGUUCAAGGACAAGAUAGUUCUGGAUGUGGGCAGUGGGACAGGCAUCCUGUCCAUGUUCGCUGCCAACGCGGGCGCCAGACACGUGUACGGGGUGAGAGUCCUUCUCCUGUUUUAAACACCAAACACCUUUUUCACACUGCAAAGCCAAGCUGAGCUGAGCCAAGCUGUACUGAGCCAUGUUCAGAUGCCAAACGUUGUCGAACGUUGCAGAUAGAAAUUUCAUGAAUAGAGCUGAUAUGAUUCCUUAUUCUACAUGUCAGAGAGGCAUGUUCGUUCUACAUAGCCUAUUUCUAUAAGAACGUUCCAAAAUGUUGCGUCCUGCUGAACGCGCCCCUGGCUAUGCAUUUAACAGAUGCCUGUUUCACACUACAGGGCCGACCUGAACCAUACCCUGCUACUUUUUAUACUUUCGUUUCACGUUGUCCUUUUCCAGCGUGGUUCAAGCAGCUAUGGUGGAUGCGUAGCCAGGCCAGCCCAGAUUGGCAUGGCUUGGCUCGGUUUGGCCCUGUAGUGUGAACCAGGCUGAGGAAGACUUGAUGGUUGAUAUUCAUCUGUGGUACAGUCGUCUGAUCUGUCUGUUGAGUUGGAGUGGAUGUAAAUGAUACAAGUCCUGGUGGGUGUAGCACAUCUCUCCCUCACUGACACUUGCUCACACACACACACACACACACACACACACACACACACACACACACUGUUAUUAGCUUGAUUCCCUUAGGGCACGGCUUGAAGUCUCAUUCACAGGAAAUACAUUAUCGGCCCUCACAUUUCCCUCAUCAUAUGAAUCAUAUAUAACACUCAUGGAUGAGAGAGGGAAAUGGUACAUGAAUAAUGAUCUUGAUAAAGUGGAGAUUGGAUCUAGGAUGAGUGGUAAAGCAGCAAUGAUUGCAGUGGGUGUCCUUGUGUGUGUGAGUGUAUGUGUGUGUGUGUGUGUGUGUGUGUGUGUGAGUGUAUGUGUGUGUGUGUGUGUGUGUGUGUGUGUGUGUGUGUGUGUGUGUGUGUGUGUGUGUGUGUGUCCAUACCUGUAGAACUAAUGUCAGACCUAACAUUCAUCAACGAGUAUGUAGGUGAUGUGCACAGCAUUUCUCCGCUGAAUAAACCACAGGAGCAGUAUAAACCUACUGACAUUCAUCAAACCUGUGUGUUCCCUCUUGUUAUGUGCCCCAGAUUGAGUGUUCCAGUAUAUCAGAGUAUUCUGAGAAGAUCAUCAAGUCCAACCACCUACACAAUGGUAAGAGAUUCACUACAAAUCAAUCAUCUAUAUAGCUAGGUUCACACAGGGUAGCCGACAUGGCUAUAUCCUGUCAAAGUUACAUGUUACGAGUUAACUAGUCAAGGGACAAAGAUUUGGGGAGGAUAAACUGAUUCUAGAACUGUGUCUAAAGGCAACUUGUACCCACAAUAUGGUACACAUAACAGGCUACUCAUGUUCUAUUGAUCAUUAGGACUAUAUGGGCGCAGUGGGGGAGACAGCUGGCUUACUGAGAGAUAACAGAAUAUAUAUAUUAACAUUGAUAAAGUAUCAAUGAAAGAGACAGAGAGAGGAGGGAUAGAGAGAGAAGGAGGGGGGAGAGAGAGAGAGAGAAGGAGGGGGGGGGGGGGGAGAGAGAGAGAGAUAGAGCUAUUCAGAAAGACAUCUUCACCCUGGACUCUGGCUGGCAGCUCUGUCUGGCAGCUCUGCUCCCAAACAAAACAUCCCUAAACUGAGACAUCAAUCAAAAUGAGCUGGAUGCCGCUGAUCAUCACUCUGAAAUGUCACCUUGAUGGAACUCCACAGAUGGCGUUAUAAUUGAGUGACCCAGAGGAGUGUUUGGUGGAGUGGAAUAUUUGGUGUAGUGUACUGUUUAGAGGAGUGGAGUGUUUAGAGGAGUGGAGUGUUUAGAGGAGUGGAGUGUUUGAACUAGUGGAGUGUUUAGUGUAGUGGAGUGCUUAGUGUAGUGGAGUGUUUAGUGUAGUGGAGUGUUUAGAGGAGUGGAGUGUUUAGAGGAGUGGAGUGUUUAGAGGAGUGGAGUGUUUGAACUAGUGGAGUGUUUAGUGUAGUGUACUGUUUAGAGGAGUGGAGUGUUUAGAGGAGUGGAGUGUUUAGAGGAGUGGAGUGUUUGAACUAGUGGAGUGUUUAGUGUAGUGGAGUGUUUAGUGUAGUGGAGUGUUUAGUGUAGUGGAGUGUUUAGUGUAGUGGAGUGUUUGAUCUAGUGGAAUGUUUGGUGUAGUGGAGUGUUUAGUGUAGUGGAGUGUUUAGUGUAGUGGAGUGUUUAGUGUAGUGGAGUGUUUAGUGUAGUGGAGUGUUUGAUCUAGUGGAAUGUUUGGUGUAGUGGAGUGUUUAGAGGAGUGGAGUGUUUGAUCUAGUGGAAUGUUUGGUGUAGUGGAGUGUUUAGUGUAGUGGAGUGUUUGGUGUAGUGGAGUGUUUAGUGUAGUGGAGUGUUUGGUGUAGUGGAGUGUUUGGUGUAGUGGAGUGUUUGGUGUAGUGGAGUGUUUAGUGUAGUGGAGUGUUUAGUGUAGUGGAGUGUUUGAUCUAGUGGAGUGUUUGGUGUAGUGGAGUGUUUAGUGUAGUGGAGUGUUUAGAGGAGUGGAGUGUUUAGAGGAGUGGAGUGUUUGAUCUACUGGAGUGUUUGGUGUAGUGGAGUGUUUAGUGGAGUGUUUGAUCUAGUGGAGUGUUUAGUGUAGUGGAGUGUUUGGUGUAGUGGAGUGUUUAGUGGAGUGUUUGGUGUAGUGGAGUGUUUAGUGUAGUGGAGUGUUUAGUGUAGUGGAGUGUUUCUCUAGUGGCGUGUUUGGUGUAUUAGAGUGUUUCGUGUCGUGGUCGUGUUUCUAGCUGGCGUGGCUUGUUUGCCUCUCGUGGCGUGUUUGGUGGCGUGGCGUGUUCGUGUCUUGCGUUGAUUUAGUGUCGUUGCGUGUUUGAUCUCGUUAGUGUUUGGUGUAGUGCGAUGUUUGUGUUUCGGAUGGGCCUGGUUUGGUGUCUGGCGUGUUUCUUGUAUGCUUGUUUUCGAGGAUGGAGUGUUUCUUGUAGUGGAAGUGUUUAGUGUCUGAGUUUUUGCUCUAGUGGAGUGUUUGGUGUAGUGGAGUGUUUACUACUGUAUGGAUUGUUUAGAGGAGUGGCGUGUUUGAUCUAGUGGAGUGUUUGAUCUCGUGGAGUGUUUUGGUGUAUGGAGUUUUGUGUUGUUCAGUGACAUUCUGUGGUCCCCUGUCCUUCAGUCAUCACAUCUUCCAGGGGAAGGUGGCGGAGGUGAACUGCCAGUGGAGAAAGUAGACAUCAUCAUCUCAGAGUGGAUGGGCUACUGUCUCUUCUACGAGUCUAUGCUCAUACGGUCAUCUUCGCCAGGGACAAAUGGCUAGUAAGUGUGUGUGUUUGUUUUUGUGUAUGGGUGUGGGUGUGUGUGUGUGUGUGUGUGUGUGUGUGUGUGUGUGUGUGUGUGUGUGUGUGUGUGGUGUGUGAUAGGCAGAGCGAGAGAGCGAGCGAGAGAGAAGAGAGGUUGGGGGGGGGGGGGGGGGGGCGCGCGCGCGCCUGAGAGCGCGCAGCACGUCGCUCGCGCUCGCUAGAGCUGGGAGGGCGCGCGCGAGACUGACUCGACGAGCGUCGCGCGCGCGAUCGCGCGGGGGGAUCAGCGCGCCCGGCUCCGCGAGCGCAGAUAGAGAGAGAUAGAGAGAGAGAGAGGAGUAAUAACAUUGUAGGUCUACAUGGUUGGUCACUCUGUUGUAAAAUGCUGAUAAAGGAGAUUUUCCUGGAUUAUAGAAGAUGAGUGAUAUAGGGGGGGUGGGGUUGCUCAAAAAAAAUUAUAAUCACAGUUUUUGUUUUUUGGGUAUAGGACGUUUUUUCUUUCGGGGGUCUCUCCACGUAACUGUGUGCUGUACUUGGGGUUGUUGCAGGCAGCAUCAAUAAUCUAAGUAGCCGAGAAAAAAGAGAAGGUAAGCGACAGCCUGAAAAUAGUAAGAGAGCAGUGAUGAAAGGGAGUGUGGAAGCAGAACUCAAAGGGUAGAGAUUAGGGGGAAGGGGUAGAGAAAAAGGGGGGGGGGGAGGAGGAGGCUAAUGAGGAGGGGCCUAACGGGUCGAAGUGGGAGAGCCCAAAGCGAAUGGAAAAAGAGCAAAAAAGAAAAAAGGGAAGAAAGGGAGGAAGGUAAAGCUAAGAAGGAGAAAAUGGGCGUAACCAACCCCAAGGAGAAGCCUGAGAGUUGGAAAAUCGUACAAGUCGCGAUCCUAGUCGACUACCCAUCUGACUCUCAAUCCACAUUUGAUUGACUAAACGUUCAAAUCCUGUGUGCUGCAAUGAUAAGUGUUUUGCGGUGACAAAUAAUAGGAUCAACUUAAGCUUCCUCCUCGCCUUUAAUUCUUUCAUGUGUUGUAUCCGACACCUCUACUUACUAGUUUAUCCUUGUCAUCUGCUCAUGCUCCCCAUGUUUCUCCUUCCUCUCUCUUUUUCAGUGUUGCUGCUUCAAAGGUUUUAAGACCGUGUAUGCUCUAACUUUAUCAAUCCAGGAUCCCAGGUUGCAGACAAUGCCUGUGACGUAGGGAUGCCUCUAUUUCUCUAUGGGUGUAUCCUCAUCUCAAGCUAAAUGUAUUUGUUUUCUCCUCUCACAUUCAGAAGCCUGGAGUGCUGAUUUUCCUGCAGGGCUUCCCUGAUGUGGUUUCCCAUCGAGUACAUGCAUUAACAAGUAGGACUUCAAUAUACACUUGAGACGUCCUUCCAUCCCCAUUCUUAGCUACUUGUGUGUAUACUGUAUGUAUGCUGGAUGUAUCUUAUCCUCUCCUCUUCCAUGGGCUUCGCCCCCUCCAGCCUCUGGUUAGACCUACAGAGACUGUGUAUAGGAGGGAUGGGAAGGAGAAGGGAUAGCCUGUCUGCUCUGUUCUCAAUCCUAGCUGAGUAGACCUAUACUACAAGGCUUCCAGACAAAGUGGGAAGCGUAUUUAGGCCCCUGUUUUCACUAAAAAUGGACCACUAGAUAUACAUACUCUAAGGGAGAAGGGUGGAAGGACUGAGACCACCGAUGAACUUUUUUUGGUCAACUGUAGACCGCUGUGGGUUUUAUUUUCUUCUGGUUUCCUGAGGGUGUUAUCGAUUCUAGUAUGGACAGGGCGGCCACUAGAGAAUAAAAACAGUUUUAAUCCUCAAUCUACACUUAGACACUCUUCCCACCCCAAGCACAUUACCAUUAACAUAGUGUGUCUGUCCACCACUUAGAGACGGGUCUGUGUUGUGAUGACCACCACUGAGAGAGAGAUUCGGGUGGGGGUGAUUGACCACCAAAGGGGGGGGCGGUGUGGGGGAAGGAGUGGGCGUGCUGGGUGGGGGGUCCUGUGUGAGGACCACCACAUGAAGAGAGGUCCGGUGUGAUGACCACCACUGGUAGAGCGAUAGUCGUUGAUGACCCACCACGUGUGGAUAGAGUAUGUUGAGACAACACUGGGAGAGAGAGUCUGUGUUAUUACCCCCACUGGGAGAGAACGAUUCUUGUGAUGACCACCACUGGGAAGAGAUAGUCUUUGUGAGUGACCACACACUGAGAGAGAGAGUCGGUGUGAUGGACCACCACUGGGAGAGAUAGAGUCUGUGGAUGACCACCACUGGGAGAGAGUUCUGUUGAUGAGACCACUCACGGGAAGAGAGAGUCGUGUAUGACCACCACUGGGAGAGAGUCUGGUGUGAUGACCACCCCUAGGGAGAAAAAAAAGGAGUUCUGUGUGAUGACCACCACUGGGAGAGAGUCCUGUGUGAAAAUGACCACCAACCACUUUGGAGAGAGAGUCUGUGUGAUGACCACCACUGGGAAUAGAGUCUGUGUGAUGACCACCCACUGGGAGAGAAGAGUGUGUGUGUGUUUACCACACUGGGAUAGUAGUAUGUUUGAUGACCACACUGGAGAGAGGAUUGAUGACCACCACUGUGAGAGAGGGUCCUGUGUUAUUACCCCCAUCUGGUAGAGAGACGUGUGUGUGUGUGACCACCACUGUGAUAGAGCAGUCGUGGAUUGACCACCCUGAGAGAGAGAGUCUGUGUGGAUGACCCCACUGGGAGAGAGAUCUGUGUGUGAAACCACCACUGGGAGAGAGAAGUGUGGGGUGUGUUUUGCCCACCACUGGGAGAGAGAGUCUUGUUGUGGCAUACCAACCACUGGAGGAGAGUUCUGUGGUUAUGCCCACCACUGAGAAGAGAUCCUGUGUGAUGACACACCACUGUGGAGAGGAUUCUGUGUGUUACCACCACUGGGAGAGAGAGUCUGUGGAUGACCCCCACUGAAGAGGAGAGUCUGUGUGAUGACCACCCCUGGGAGAGCGAAGUCUGUGUGAUGAACCACCACUGGAAGAGAUUCGUGUGAUGACACCACUCUGAGAGAGAGUGUCCCUGUGUGAUGACCACCACUGGGAGAGAGAGUCUGUGUGAUGACCACCACUGGGAGAGAGAGUCUGUGUGAUGACCACCACUGGGAGAGAGAGAGUCUGUGUGAUGACCACCACUGAGGAGAGAGAGGCGGUGUGAUGACCACCACUGAUCAGAGAGAGAGUCUUGUGUGAUGACCCAUCAUGGAGAGAGUCUGUGUGAUGACCCCACUGAAGAGAUAGAGCUUGUGAUGACCCCACUGAGAAGAGAUAGUCUGGUGUGAUGACCACCCACUGAGAGAGAGAGUCUUGUGGUGAUGACCACCACUGAGAGAGAGAGAGGUCUGUGUUAUGACCACCACUGAGAAGAGAGUCCUGUGUGAUGACCCCACUGAGAGAGAGAGUCUGUGUUAUGAACACCACGAGAGAGAAGAGUCUGUGUGAUUACCAUCAAUGAGGAGAGUCUGUGUUAUGACACCGUCCUUAGAGAAGAGAGUCUGUGUGAUGACCAUCAAUAUGAGAGAGAGAGUCUGGGUGAUGACCGCCACGAGAGAGAGUCUGUGUGAUGACCACCACUGCGAGAGAGAUGUCUGUGUGCUGACCACCAUGAGAGCGAGUAUUGUGUGAUGACCAGAAAAAAACCACUGGGAGAGACGUCCUUGUGUGAUGACCACCACUGAAGAGAGAGGGCUGUGUGAUGACCACACCACUGGGGAGAGAGAGUCUGUGUUUGACCACCUCUGGGAGAGAGAGUCUGUGUGAAUGACCACCACUGUAGAGAGAGUCUGUGUGAUGUAACACCACUGGAGAGACGAGUCCUGUGUGAUGGACACCACUGGGAGAGAGAGUCCUGGUGGUGAUGACCACCACUCUGAGAGAGAUAGUCCUCUGUCUGUGAUGACCACGCACUGGGAGAGAGAGUCUGUGUGAUUACCACCCUGGGGAGAGAGAGUCCCUGUGGUGAUGACACCACUGAGAGAGAUUGUCUGUGUUAUGUACGCACCACUGGGAGAGAGAGUCUUUGAGGUGAUGGACCACCAGAGGGGGGGCUGUGCAGGGAGAGUGGAGGGGAGGGGGGUCUGUUGAGGGUGAUGACCACCACUGAGAGAGAUGAGAGGGGUCUGUGUGAUGACGGGCACACAUGAUAGAUAUAGUCUGGAAGGUGUUAAUUACCACCACGGGAGCGAGAGAGUCUGUGUGAUUAACCAUCAAUGAGACGGAGAGUCUUGGUAGGAUGAUGCAACUCACCACUGAGAGACGAGAGUACGUGGGUGUGAUGGCCCACCGACUGAUGAGGAGAUAUGGGAUGGGGGGUCUUUUGGUGAGAUGACCACACUUGAAAUAGAGUCUGUGUGGAUGGACCACCACUGAGAGGGAUAGAAAUUCUGUGUGAUGACCACCACUUAGAGAGAGUCUUUGUGAUACCAACCGGAGGGACUGAGAGAGAGAGUCCUGUGGGAUGACCACCGACUGAUAUAGAGAUAGUCUGGUUUAUGACCAUCAAUGAGAGAGAGUCUUAAUGGUGAUGACCACCAUGAGAGAGAGAGAGUCCUUUGUGAUCCAUAAUGAAGGCUAUUCUGUUGUGAUGACCCGCCACUGAGAGAGACGUCUGGAUUUGAAUGACCACCACUGAUGGAGAGAGAGGUCUGGGGUGUGAAUAUACCACCACUGAGGGGGCGAGAUUAAGGUGUGGGUGAAAUACCACCACUGAGAGUGAGAUACUGUUCAUGGGGGUGUGAUGACCACACGUUGAUCGAGAGGGUCUGGGAGGUGGUUUAACGGCGACCACUGAGAAGAGAUAGCCUGGGUGGGGUGAUGACCAUCAAUGAGAUAGAGAGUCUGUGGAUGACCCCGGACUUGAUAGAGAGAGUCUGUUGGAUGACCAUCCACUGAGAGAGAGAGUCUGUGGUGAGACCACCCUGAGACGAGAGUCCUGUGUUAUGACCACCACUGAGAGGAGAGUCUGUGUGUUACCCCUCACUGGAGAUAGAUAUCUUGUGAUGACCACAACUGGAGAAAUAUCUGUGUGAUGACCACCACUGAGAGAGAGAGUCGGUGUGAUAGACCUCCUUGAGAAGAGGAGAGUUCUGUGUGAUGACCAUCACUGAAGAGAUAGUCUGUUGUGAAUGACACACCACUGAGAGAAGAGUCCUGUGUAUGACCAUCACUGAGAGAGAAGACGAGAGAGAAGUGUGUGUGGUGUGUUUGACCCCACUGAGAGAGAGUCUGUGUGGAUGACCACCACUGAGAGAGAAGUCUGUGGAUGGCGACCAUCACUGAGCUGGUCGUAGCUGUGUUGAGGAUGACCCGGGCAAGGACUGAAGAAGAGUCUGUGUGAGACCAUCACUGCAGGAGAGGAGUAUAGAUAGAGGAUAGAGUUGUUUGACCAUCACUGAGAGAGGAGAUUCUUGUGAUGACCACCACGAGAAGAAGAGAGAGUGUGUGUUUUUACCAUCUACCUGUAGGAGAGAGUCUGUGUGAUGGCCAGUCACUGAGAAUAGGAUGUUUGUGUUGGACCAUCACUUGAGGGAGAGAGAGUCCUGUGUGAUACCAUCCUGAGGAGAGAGUCUGUGUGAUGACUCAUCACGAUAGCUAUUCUGUGUGAUGACCACCACGAGAAGAGAGAGUCUGUGUGGGAUACCAUCACUGAGAGAUAGAGAGAAUGGAGAGAGAGAUAGGAGAUGUGUGUUGACCACCACUGAGAGAUAGUCUUGUGUGAUGACCACCAAUGAGAGAGAUAGUCCCUGUGUGAUUGACUCGACUGAGAGAGAGUCUGUGUGAUUGACCACCAAUGAGAAGAGUGUCGUGUGAUGACCCAUCGCUGAGAGAGAAAUAGAGAGAGAGAGAGAGAGAGAUCGAGUGUGUUGACCAUCACUGAAGAUGGAGUCUGUUAAUGAGACCGACCACUGAGAAGAUAAGCUCUAGUUGAUGUGUUGACCAUACACUGAUUAGGAGGAGUCUGUGUGAUGGCCCAUCACUAUGAGAGAGAGAUUUGUGUGUGACCACCAGCUGAGAGAGUAGAUCUGUGUGAUGACCACCACUGAGAGAGAGAGUCUGUGUGAUGGCCAUCACUGGGAGAGAGCAAGUGUGUGUUGACCACCACUGGGAGAGAGAGUCUUUGUUGUAUGACCAACCACUGAGAGAGAGAGUCUGUGUAUGACAUCACACUGAAGAGCGAGUCCUGUGUGAUGACCACCACUGAGAUAGAGAGUCUGUGUGAAUGGACCACCACUGUGAAGAGGGUCUGUGUGAUGCCCACACUGAAAAGAGAGAUCUGUACAGUGAUGACCACCACUGAUAGAGAGAGGAGUCUGUGUGAUACCAUCCAUGAGACUAUAGAUUCCUGUGUGAUGACCACCACUGAGAAGGAUAGUCUUUUUGAUUACCAUCACCGUAUAGAGCUGAUAUUCUAGUGUGACUUAACCAACACUUUAUAUGAAGUCCUUUUUGAUGACCACCACUGAGAGAUCGAGUCCUUUUUGUUCCAUCACUGAUGGAGGAGAGUCUGUGUGAUGACCACCACUGAGGAGAAAGAUUAUGUGUGAUGACCACCACUGAUAUAUAUAGUCGGUUGAUGACCACCCUGAAUAGAGCGUACUAGUGUUAUGACCACCACUGAGAGAGGAGAGGUCUGGUGUGAUGACCAUCACAAAUAGAGAGAGAGUCCUGUGGGAUGACGCACGGGGGGGCGGAAUGAAUAGAGAGAGUCUGUGUGAUGACCACCACUGAUAUAAAGUCGUUUUGAAGACCACCGACUGCGAGAGAGAGUCUGUGUGAUGAGACCAUCACGAAGAGAGAGAUAGUCUGUGUGAUGACCACCACUGAAGAAAGAGUCCCUGUGUGAUGACCACCCCUUAGAUAGAUGUCUGUGUGAUAUACACCAGCUGAGGAGCUGAGCGUCUUUGUGAUGGGGGGGGUAUCCACAGUCACUGAGAUAUGAGCAAAGGAGGGGUAUACUUUGUGUUACCAUCAAUGAGGAUGGAGAGUCUGUGUAAAUUACCGGACCACUGGAGAGAGGAGAGUCGGUUGAGACCAUCAAAUGAUAUGAGAGAAUUCUUUGAUGAUUACCACCCCCUGAGAUAGUUAGAUUCUGUGUGGGAUGUGCUCCCGCGUGGUCGCAUUUUUUCUACGAUGCACUUCAUGGGGGAAAAAUGCAGUUGCUCGCUGUGCCACUAGAGAUUCCUGGUUGUUCGAAAUCCAGGCUUCUGUCGUAGCCAUCCGAGCCGCGACCAGAGUAGGAAGACCCAUCAGUAUUUCGGGCGCGACAAUUGUGCCCACGCGUCGUCUAGGGUAGGGGAAGGGAAUGGCGGCAAGGGAUGUAGCUCAGUUGGUAGAGCCAUGGCGUUUGCCACGCCAAUGUUGUGUGGAUCGAUUCCCAAGGUUGGCGUAUGACAAAUAAACUGUAAUUCGCUCUUGGGAUAAGAGCGUCUGCUAAAUGACUAAAAUGUACAUGUAAUUAAUGAAUGACCCACCACUGAGGACAGAUGUCUGUGGAUGACCACCCCGGCCUGUGAGACGAUUCUGGUUAAGUGAUUACCACCAAUCUGCGGUCCGAAUAGAUCCUUUGUUAUACCUGACCACUGAGAGAGAUAGAGUCUGUGGAGCUGAAAAGAAAACCAUCAAUGAUAGAGAGAUUUGUGUCGAUGGCAGGAACCACCACGACACUUAUAGAUAUUAUUCUUUUAUUUUCUGUACAAUCACGGUGUAUAUGGAAGAGAGUCUUUGGAUGACCACCAUCUUUAGAGAGAGUCUGUGGUGUGACCACCCCUUAGCGAGAUGAUAUCUGUGUGAAUGACCACUCACUGAUCUAUGCUAUUUUCUGUUUUAUUUCCGCACCGGCACUCUUCAGCAAAGAGUCGUGUGUAUGUACCGGGGCACCACACUGAAGAUAGAGAUAGUCUGUGUGAUGACCACACUAUAGAAGAGAUAUUCUGUGUUAUGACCAUCACUGAGAGAGAGUCUUGUGUGAUACCACCCACUUAGCAUAGAGUCUGUUUGAUGACCAUCACUGUGAGAUAAGAGAAGAUUGUGUUGACCACCACAUGAGAGAAGAGUCUGUUUUGAUGACACCACUUAUUGAAGAGAGUCUGUGUGAACCAUCGCCCGAUGAGAGUCUGGUGUGAUGACCACCCUCUGAGAGAGAUAGUAGUCUUCUGUGUGAUUACCAUCACUGAGAGAGAGAGAGAAGAUAAAGUGUGGUUGGACCCUCACGAAAGGCUGAGAGAGAUUCUGUGUGUGACCACCUGAGAAGUGAGAGAGAGGGUUUGUUUUUUUUUUUUACCACACUGAGAGAAGUCUGUGUGAUGGGCCCCUCACUGAUAGAGAGAGUUGUGUUGCCCAUCACUGAAGAGAGCGUCUGUGUGAUGACCAUCACUGAUAUAGAGCGAGUCUGUGUGAUUACAAUCACUGGAGAGAGUCGUUGAUGACCACCACUGAGAGGCGAGAGUUGUUUUGAUGACGCAUCACUGAGGAGAGAGUGUGUGACCACCACUGAGAGAGAGUCUUGUGAACCACCAUGAAGAUGAGAGUCUGUGUUAUUACCAUCACUGAGAGAGGUCUGUGUGGUGACCACCACACUGAGAGAGGAGAGGCUGUGUGAUGACCAUCACUGAGAGAUAGAGAAAGAGGAGAGAGCAGAGAGAGAGAAAGUGGUUGACCACACUGAGAGGAGGUCUGUGUGAUGACCACCACUGCGAGAGAGAAGAGCGUGUGUGUUUGACCAUCACUGAGGGAGAGAGAGUAUGUGGAUGGCCCAUCACUGAGAAGAGAGGUGUGUGUUACCCACCACUGAGAGAAGCAGUCUGUGUGAUAAACACCACUGAGAGAGAGAGUCUGUGUGGAUUGCCAUCACUGGGAAGAGUAGUGUGUGUUGACCACCACUGGUGAGAGAGUCUGUGUUGAUGACCACCCUGAGAAGAGAGAGUCUGUGUGGUAUGACAUCACUGAGAGCGAGAGUCUGUGUGUGACCACCCGACUGGAGAGCGAGAAGUCUGUUGAUGACCCCACGUGAGAGAGAGAGUCUGUGUGAUGGACCAUCACUGAAGAAGAAGAAGCGAGAGAUUGUGAUGACUCACCCUGAGAUAGAGAGUCUGUGUGAUGACACGGGGCACUUUCAGACACAGAGUUACCAUUUGGACUCAUAUCUGAAGUGUGUGUGUGUGUGUGUCCAGGGUGGGUAGAACGUGUACGGUUUUUGACAUGACCUGCAUCCGUAACGUGGCCAUGAGAGAGCCCCUGGUGGACGUGGUGGACCCCAAACAGGUGGUGACCAACUCCUGCCUAGUCAAGGUCAGUGUGUGUGUGUGUGUUGUGUGUGUGUGUGUGUCUGUAAUGAGCACCACUUGAGGCACAGAGUGUACAAGAGUCAUGAGUGAAUGUACACAUCUGAUAAACAGGGAUGCCAUUGUAAUAUCGUAUAGUCUGUUUAAUGAGACACGGCCAACCUUCCCACAAUUCACCGCCAGUUCCCAAAAAAGGGCGGGCAGGUAGCCUAGCGGUUACAGCGUUGUGCUAGUAACCGAAAGGUUGGUAGUUUGAAAUCCCUGAGCCAAAGGUGAAAAAUCGGUCAAUGUGCCCUUGAGCAAAGGCACUUAACCCUAUUACUACCAGUGGUCGCCGGUUGAGUAAUGGCUGGUCCGUGGACCCCACUCUCAGGGGAGAAUGGAUAUGCAAAAAAAUAUUUUCCAAUUUGCAUAUAAUACACACUUGUUAUUAUUUAUUGCAUUCAAAAUACACACUUGAAAAAUGACUUUCCAAAAUUGAAGUGUCACAGAGAGACAGCCAAUAAUUAUGAUGAGCCCAAAAUGGGUUCCGUGUCCCUGUCUGUGAUUUGCAUGUCAUUGAAUGUGUCUAGACUGUACAGAUUUCACAGUUUGACCCAUGCCAGCCACCGUACCUGGGCCAUAAAUAGGCCUGGCACUCCCGGGUCUGUGUGACAGAUUGGGAUUUAACACUGAUGUCCUAUCCAAUGACGGCCUGUCUGUCCUGUCCAAUGACGGCCUGUCUGUCUGUCCAAUGUCACAACAAUCAUCUAAGAGAUAGAAAAUGAUGAGGAGAAUAUAUCCUCCAUUUCAGUGUGUGAGGCAUGAUAUGAGAUGCUGUGUGAAUUAUCUUGAGGAGGAAAGGAUUUGAUGCUGAGAGGUGCCAUGCUUUCUAGGGUGUAUGAAUGAAAGGAUGGAUUGAUUGAAUUGAGAACAGAUGAAGGAAUUAAGGAAUAAAACAGAUGAGUGUUGGGUGGAAUUGAAUGAAUAAAGAUUGAACACAAAAAUAGAAGGAGAGCUUAGUCAGGGACGGGUGUGGAUUCAAUUUCCAGUUACAGCCUAAAGUGCCUCUAGUGUGACAGAAUACAUUAGAGCUCCUGACACACAGCCAGAGAAACCUAUUCACUGACUGGGGAAAAAAUACUGCAGACAGGAGAGAGGCGGGGGGGGGGGGGGUAGGGUGGGGGGGGGGGGGGGGGGGGGGAGGUGGGGGGGUUGGGUGGGGGGUGGUUUUUGGGCGUUUUUUUUUGUGUUUUUUUGUGUUUUUGGUUUUUUUUUUUUUUUUUUCUUUGUUGUCUUUUUCUUUUCUUGUUUAUUCUUUUGUAUGUGUUUUUGUUUUUGUGUUUGUUCAUUUUUUUUUUUAUUCUUGUUUUUGUUUUUUUUGUUCCUUUUUUCUUUUAUCGUUUUUUUUUUUUUUUUUUGUUUUUUUUGUGUUUCUUUCUUUUUUAUUUUGUUAUUUGUGUUUUGAGGACAUAAGUUUUUUUUUUUGUGUUAUUGUUUUUGUUUUUUUGUCCUUUUUGUGUUUCGUUGUUUUGUGUUUUUGUUUGUUUGGUCUAUUUGUUAUCUGUUGUUGUUUUUAUUUUUUUGUUUUUUUAUGUUGUAGCUGUUGGUGUUUUUUUGUUAUUUUUGAAUAGAUAUUUUGUUGUUUUUGUUUUUUUGUUGUUUUUUUUUUUGUUGUCUUUGUUGGUGUUGUUUGUUUAUUUUUUUUGUAUUUUUUUUUUAUUUUGUUUUUUUGUAUAUUUUUAUUAGGGGAUUUUUUCGUUUAUGUGUUUUAGUUGUAUUUUGAUGUGGUUUUUUUUUUUAGUUAGGGUUAGUUGGUCGUUUUUUUUUUUAUUUUUUUUUUUUGUUGUGUUUGGUUAUUUUUAGUUUUGUGUUGUUUUUAUAUUUGUUUGUUUUUUUUUUUUUUUUGUUAAUAUUGUUUUUUUUUUUUUUUUUUUGGUAGUUUUUAUUUGUUGGUUGAUUAAAUAUUUUUUUUUUUUAUUUUGCUUAUGAUUGGUUUGUGGUGUGGUGUUUGUGUUGUGUUUUUUUUUUUAUGUGUGUUUUUCUCUCUCUUUUCUCUCUCUCUUUUUCUCUCCUCUCUUUCUCUCUCGGCUCUCCUGUUUCCUCUCUCUCCUGCUCGCUCCUCUCUUUCUUCUUUCUCGUCUCUCUCGCUUUUUCCGAUCUCUCUUUGGCCGCUCGCGCCCUUCUCUCGCUCUCACCCGUCUCUCUCUCUUCCUUCUCUCAUCUCUCGUCUCUCUCUCUGCUUCUCUCUCUUGCUCUCCCGCGCGCGCCUCGCUCUCUAUAUUCAUCUCGCUCGCUGGUUUAACGCUCCUCGCUCUUGGUUUUUCGCUCUCUCUCUCUCGCUCGCCUGCAAUCAAUAAAAAAGGAUGUGUUUUUGAUAGGACGUGCAUUUGGUGUCGGUCUGACAGUGCUGUUUAUGUAAUGGAGAGUGAUAGAUGUAAGGAGAGAGAGAGAGAUUGAGAUAGAUAUACAGAAUAGAGGAGAAAGGAGAAGUGUGUGUGUGUGAGAGAGAUAUCUUUCUUCCGAGUAGUCCCCCUGAACCAUAUUUCCCAUGUAACCUAUGACCCAGGAAGUGGACAUCUACACGGUGAAGCCUGAGGACCGUCUUUUACCACGGCCUUCUGCCUGCAGAUCCAGAGGAACGACUAUGUCCACGCCAUGGUCACCUACUUCAACAUCGAGUUCACC